GACUGCCCUGCAUUGUUGAUACACACGCCGCCCUCUCAACACUGUCUUCGCCUCUCCCACGCUCCCAGGCUCCCCUCACACCAAGUCGCCGCCCCGAGGCCCCCAUCACCCGCAAUGGCUACCGCAUAUGGUGCACCGCAGCCCUCGGUCUACCCUGAGAGCUACGUUGGUUUCGACAGCAUCACCAAGCAGAUUGAGAAGAAGCUCGUCAAGCGGGGUUUCCAGUUCAAUGUCAUCUGCGUCGGACAGACUGGUCUCGGCAAGUCGACCCUCAUCAACACCAUCUUCGCCUCGCACCUCAUAGACAGCAAGGGUCGCAUGCAGCCCGAUGAGCCGAUCCGCCAGACCACCGAGAUCCAAGCUGUCUCCCACACGAUCGAGGAGAAUGGCGUGCGUCUGCGCCUCAACAUCGUCGACACCCCCGGCUACGGUGACCUGAUCAACAACGAGCGCUGCUGGGACCCCAUUGUCAAGUACAUCAAGGACCAGCACAGCGCCUACCUUCGCAAGGAGCUCACCGCCCAGCGUGAGCGCUACCUCCAGGACACGCGCAUCCACUGCUGCCUGUUCUUCAUCAACCCCUCCGGUCACGGCCUCAAGCCCAUUGACAUUGUCGUGCUCAAGAAGCUGAGCGAAUUCGUCAAUGUUGUUCCCGUCAUUGCCAAGAGCGAUAGCUUGACCCUUGAGGAGCGCGCCGAGUUCAAGGAGAGGAUAAAGGAGGAGUUCGCCUUCCACAACCUGCGCAUGUACCCGUACGACAACGAGGAGCACGACCAGGAGGAAGUUGCCCUCAACACCUCCAUCAAGAGCAUCAUCCCCUUCGCUGUUGUCGGCUCCGAGAAGAACAUCGUUGUGAACGGCAAGCAGGUCCGAGGUCGCCAAAAUCGCUGGGGCUUCAUCAAUGUCGAGGAUGAGAACCACUGCGAAUUCGUAUACCUUCGCAACUUCCUGACCCGCACCCACUUGCAGGACUUGAUCGAGACGACGUCCCAAAUCCACUACGAGUCCUUCCGUGCUAAGCAGCUGCUCGCACUCAAGGAGAGCUCCGCUGUCGGUGGCGGUCACAGCUCGCGCCCGAUCUCGCCCGCCGCAGACCGCGAACUGAGCAGGAACAGCCAGCGGAUGACCAUGAACGGGUACUAGGAGUUCCCUGCUCAUAGUCGGGUCGACAGCAUUGGGGCCAAGACGGCGGGACCUCCUGGGCCAAGGGUCGCCCCCAUAAUCGACCCGAUCAAUUGAGGGCACGAAAGCACACGGGCAGCGAAGAGGAAGCGAGAGGUGGUUUGCGGUAUGAUACCAGUGCAGGUCUUAGCACGUUGACUUAGCCGAGCGGGGCGUUCGUUGUGGGUUGCAAAGCGCUAUACAUUCUAAUAACUUCUUUAGUAAGGCAUGGAUUAUUUUUUUUUCACUUCAAUCCGACUACGAUUCUUCUCCUUUGUUCAGCGCAGGUGGGGGAUGUGGAGGUGGUAGACGGAGGUAUGGCUGGUUGUACGGGCCUCACACUUCAGGAUAGCGGCGAUAAUGCUGAGACAAAAACAUUACGAGUAUC